UAAUAAUUGAAAACCCCUAAAAACAAUGGAACCAACCAACUCCUCAGCUGCAUAUAAUUAUUUGCCUGAUGAUGAGUCAGAGAUGAAUGGUGAGAAAGUUCCAUAUGGACCGGUUGAUAAAUCGAAUAAUAGCCAAGAACCUACUCAACAUACUUUUUAUGGAAAUCCGGAUUAUUCUCAGCCUGGAAUGGGGUCACCAAUUAACAAUAUUGAUCCAAAUCCUGGGUUUCCAGUUCAAAAUCCUCAAAUAGCAAUUGGACAGCCAAUCAUAGCUGGCCAGCCUCAAUACAAUCAUCAAUUCAAUAAUAAUCCCCAUUUCCAGCAGUAUCCUCGACUACAAAUGAAUAUGGCAGGAAGGCAACCAGUGAUGCAUCAUCAUGAAAUCCUUCCAAAUCCAGGAAUAGAUGUGCGACGCCGUCAAAAUACGAACCGCAGAUGCUGGCGAGGUGUAGUCUUGCUCAUACCCAUAUUCCUUUUUAUUAUCAUUUUCCUUGUCAUCAGAUUCUAAGCUUAAAGUCAAGAUCCGCACAUGAAGCCUUAUCUCCUCUAAUCG